AUGAAGAGAGAAAGGGGAGCCCUGUCAAGAGCCUCCAGGGCCCUGCGCCUCUCUCCUUUUGUCUACCUGCUUCUCAUCCAGCCAGUCCCCCUGGAGGGGGUGAACAUCACCAGCCCAGUACGUCUGAUCCACGGCACAGUGGGGAAGUCGGCCCUGCUUUCCGUGCAGUACAGUAGCACCAGCAGCGACAAGCCCGUGGUGAAGUGGCAGCUGAAGCGUGACAAGCCAGUGACCGUGGUGCAGUCUAUAGGCACAGAGGUCAUUGGCACUCUGCGGCCUGACUAUCGAGACCGUAUCCGGCUCUUUGAAAAUGGCUCCUUGCUUCUCAGCGACCUGCAGCUGGCAGAUGAGGGAACCUAUGAAGUGGAGAUCUCCAUCACUGACGAUACCUUCACCGGGGAGAAGACCAUCAACCUCACCGUGGAUGUGCCCAUUUCAAGGCCGCAGGUGUUAGUGGCUUCAACCACUGUGCUGGAGCUCAGUGAGGCCUUCACCCUCAACUGCUCCCAUGAGAACGGCACCAAGCCUAGCUACACCUGGCUGAAGGAUGGCAAACCCCUCCUCAAUGACUCCCGAAUGCUCCUGUCCCCUGACCAAAAGGUGCUGACCAUCACCAGAGUCCUCAUGGAAGAUGACGACCUGUACAGCUGUGUGGUGGAGAACCCUAUCAGCCAGGUCCGCAGCCUGCCUGUCAAGAUCACCGUGUACAGAAGAAGCUCCCUCUAUAUCAUCUUGUCUACAGGAGGCAUCUUCCUCCUUGUGACCCUGGUGACAGUCUGUGCCUGCUGGAAACCCUCCAAAAAGUCUAGGAAGAAGAGGAAGCUGGAGAAGCAAAACUCCUUGGAAUACAUGGAUCAGACUGAUGACCGCCUAAAAUCAGAAGCAGACACCCUACCCCGAAGUGGAGAACAGGAGCGGAAGAACCCAAUGGCUCUCUAUAUCCUGAAGGAUAAGGACUCUUCAGAGCCGGAUGAGAACCCUGCAGCAGAGCCACGGAACACCACAGAACCCGGCCCGCCUGGCUACUCCGUUUCGCCGCCUGUGCCCGGCCGCUCUCCGGGCCUCCCCAUCCGCUCAGCCCGCCGCUACCCGCGCUCCCCAGCACGCUCCCCUGCCACCGGCCGGACGCACACGUCGCCACCGCGGGCCCCGAGCUCGCCGGGCCGCUCGCGGAGCUCCUCGCGCUCACUGCGGACUGCUGGCGUGCACAGAAUCCGGGAGCAGGACGAAGCUGGGCAGGUGGAGAUCAGUGCCUGA